AUGUCAGAACCACUGACAAUCCAGCCGAUUGCGGAUCUCGAGGCUUGCUUCCCCAAGACUUGGUCAACCAAACGUGCUGGUGGAACGGACCUGGUUGGCUCCGGGACCCUUCCGAAAGCUGGCCCAAUGUCCAAUGACAACGCCUUCAUUGACAAUUUAUUAGAGAAGUUCUCGUCGUUAAGAACGAUUCAACGUGUCUUAGCGUAUUGUCGUCGCUUCGCGAACAACGCGAAGAACCAAAAGACGACCGCGAAGUUGUUACGCGGACCUUUGACACCUCUCGAAAUAAAGCAGUCGCUGAUGCUUCUCGUGCGCUCCGUACAACAGCGCAGCUUCGCUCAGGAAAUCGAAAAGAUUGCGAACAACCAUUCGAACUCUCUUCCAAAAGUGUUCCGGAAACUGUCCCCAUUCACGGAUGACGCGGGUCUCUUAAGGGUGGGCGGUCGCCUGUCGCGAGCUUCUCUCGACUUCGACGUGAAGCAUCCGUUGCUUCUACCUCGCGACAAUCGUCUGACCUUCCUUCUUAUCGACGACUAUCAUAGGCGGUUCAUGCAUCCAGGCAUCCAAACGCUUCAUAACUUGUUGUCACAACACUUCUGGAUCAUGUGUCCAAAACGGGCAAUCUACGCAGUGGUAUCAAAAUGUAUGAAGUGCUUUCGGGUGCGGCCACUGGGUGCCCCUGCGCCGUUCAUGGGCGACCUGCCGUCCUAUCGAAUAUCCCAGCUUAAGGCUUUCUCGAGCGCAGCGGUCGAUUUUGGCGGGCCUUUCGACAUCGCUCUCGGCCGCGGACGCGGUAACAAGACGUACAAGGGCUAUAUUUGUGUCUUUGUCUGUACCGCAACAAAGGCCAUUCACACCGAGCUUGUCACCGAGUUGUCCUCGGAUGCUUUUCUCGCCGCACUUCGGCGUUUCGUCGCUUGUCGUGGUCGGUGCAGCCGGUUAGUGUCUGACCAAGGAAAAAAUUUUGUCGGUGCGAACAACAUCUUGCAACAUCUAGUGAAGGAUGCUGCCACACACCAUACAAUUGCCUUCAAAUUCAACCCGCCGGGUAGCCCACAUUUCUCAGGACUAGCUGAAGCUGGAAUUAAGGCCGUGAAAACACAUUUGGCGCGUGUCGUCGGGAACCAAAGGCUGACGUAUGAGGAAUUUUCGACGGUUUUAACCCAAGUUGAGGCUUUGCUCAACUCGAGGCCACUCACUCCUCUCAGCACUGACUCCAACGACCUGUCGGCUUUGACUCCGGGUCAUUUCCUCACCACGGAACCCCUGUCGGUCGUGCCUGAGGAAAACCUGUCAGACGUUCGGGUUAGCCCUCUCCAACGCUGGAAGCUGCGUCAGAAGAUGCACCAGGACUUCUGGAACAAAUGGUCGAAGGAGUACAUGCAUACUCUCCAGCAGCGGAUGAAGUGGCACGACAGACAGCCCAACGUCCAAGUUGGCGCACUCGUGCUCGUUGUGAAAGAGCAGACGAGCCCAAUGAAGUGGCCCCUGGGUCGCAUCACCGAUACACACCCUGGAUCUGACGGGAUCUGUCGUGUGGUUACUGUGCGCACGGCCACAGGGUUGUACAAACGGCCUGUGGUCAAGCUGUGCCCACUGCCUGCGUAG